AUGUCUCGCAACGUCUGUAUCACCGCUGCGGACGGCCACACCGGCUUUACAAUCGGUGAGCUGCUCUUGACUGACGACACUUUCAAGAAAGCCAUCGCAUCAGUGACAGCUCUAUCCCUCAACCCGGACUCCGAACAUUGCAAGGAUCUAGCCACUCUCGGCGCAAAGAUUGUCCCCCACAAGCCCGGCCGCCUGAGGGAUAUGGUCAAGACCCUGAAGGAUACCGGAGCCGACACACUCUGUCUCGUCCCGCCGGCCCACGAGUCCAAGUACGACCUUACAGUGGAGCUGAUUGAGGCGGCCAAAAAGGCUAACGUGCCUAACGUCUGUUUCAUCAGCGCCGCUGGAUGUGAUCUCGCUGAGCGGGAGAAGCAGCCGAGACUGCGGCAGUUCAUUGAUUUGGAAACGCUGGUGUUGUCCAGCAAGGGUGAUCCGUCCACUGCGACUGGUCAUUCUCCAGUUGUCAUUCGUGCCGGGUUCUACGCUGAAAACCUGCUUAUCUAUUCCCCACAGGCGCAGCAAGAAGGUGUACUUCCAUUGCCGGUUGGUAAAGACCACAAGUUUGCUCCGAUUGCACUGGGUGACGUUGCGCAAGUCGCAGCACACGUACUUUCUGGAAAGGGAAAGCAUGGCUUCGAUGAUAAACAUCGCGGCCAAUUGCUCGUGCUUACAGGCCCGAUGCUCACCACCGGCGAUGAACUCGCUACUGCGGCCAGCCAGGCAUUGGGAACAAAGAUGGCCUUUGAAGACAUCUCUGAGGCUGAGGCGAAGAAAGUGCUGCACGCUCAAUCUGCCAGCGACAACUCUGAACUGCAGUAUCUGCUUGAGUACUACUCUCUGAUUCGCGAGGGCAAGACAAAUUACAUUUCGACAUCUGCCUUCCAGUAUGUUACUGGCGUGCAUCCUCAGCAACCGACGGAGUUCUUCACUUCCUAUGCCGAGGAGUUCAAGACCAAGGGUGCGAACAAGAAACGGAAGACGUCUAAGUGA